AUGGCGACCAUGCUAGAAACGCCUUCCCGCAUCUGGCGUCGCAUAGAAGCUAUCGAGGAACAAGAUAUGCCCUCAUUACCUUCUUUGCCGCCUUUCGAGGAUUCAACAGGAGAAGACGAGUUGCAAAAUGUUGAAAUGAACGAGGAAUCUGGCCACAAUAUGGACACAUUGUCAACGCGGAUUCACUCUACCCCAGCCUCUACUACACACCACAACAUAACUUCUACGUUCCGGGCCCCUGGAAGUUCCUCAAGCGCGGCGCGCUUCGCACAAUCCAUAGAAUCAAGAUCCAAUAGAUCCCUAACUGGGCCUUUGUCUGUGAGAGGCAUGUCAAGCAGAAGAAGCCACCACGACAGUUUUGAAGUUCCCUCGCUCCCACACAUCGAGCUUGCUGCUGCGACAGGUCACUAUUCUGACGAAACGGACGAGGAUAUGGAGAGCAGGUCUAGUGUGUCUGAAGUAUACUUGCCACCGGAAGAGGACGAGAGUCCAGAUGGUGGAGAUCGCGACUUUUCUCUGACGGAUGCUCUCGAAUCUGUAAGCCGCUCAGGCUCUCCCCCAUUCUUACCCCACGUUAGUCGAGAGGACACGCCGAAGAAGGGACAAGAGUUCUCGUUUAGCGCAACCUCUGAGUCUAAGCCUUCACCUUUUGAGAAAUAUCGCAAUGUUGCCCUUCGCCGGACCAAUCCUAGAGCCCGUACACCCUCUCUAUCUCGUACAUCCUCCUCUCCAACAACAUCACCGACACAAUCCACGCCCCGGAGCAAUCGAUCUCUGGUACUACCUCCAUCCAACGCUCCGUCCCCCAUUCUUGCGGCAAGGGUACCCCUGCCCCGUUCAAGGACUGCUUCACCCGCCGUUAUGGUUCACAAUCCGCAGGGGGCUGAAGAGGAGCAAUCAAUUUCUGAGCAAACAUUCAGCAAUGACACUCACGAAACGCGUUCUAUGGAUAUCACCGAUGUCCAUAUAUCACCACCUAGAUUGAACGACGACGAGCAGGACGGCGACAUUUUGACUGAAACCGAAUCUCAUGAACAGAGCCAACAUCACGAACAACAGAGCCACACCACACACGACGAUCGCGAACCGACAUUCUCUUCUGAAGGGGACGCGACACCCUACGCCAUUAAUACCAAUGCGGCUACUCAGAAUGCAAGCACGUUCUCUUCUCUAUCUCAAUCCAUCGCCUUCACUCCUACUCCCGCUUUUCCUCGUCCUCGUCCUCGAGCUCGCUUCGACCUUCCGCCUCCUCCCAGUGAUGUCCUCGCCACUCCUGCACCGAGGGUAGAAGCAGAAACCACCCAGCAGCCUGAUGAUGAUGUGCUCGCGACGCCGUUCAACAAACGCCCUUCUUUCCUCCUUUCUGUUAUCAAUUCGACGGCUCGCCCUCGUAUGACGGCAGGUACCCCGCAUCCCCGACGGUUCGCUGCUCCUAGCGUCGCUGAAUCCACUCCAGCACCUAUCUCUGCCGAGACAACUUCUGCUCCAAAUUUGCAGUCUGCCUUGGCUGGGGUAACUCCUCGACCCCGCAUCGCCAUCGCCAGACGCUCAUCUCAUCCAACGACAUCUGCGUCUUCUGGGUCCCGUCCGAGCAUUUCGCCUGGCAACGCUCGGCCAGCGAUGUGGGCUACGCCUGCGCAUUCGUCACCGUAUGAUGGUGCUGGAGACCGGGCUUCCUUCAUCUCGACCGCAUCUUCGCAUGAUUUGACGACUCAUCAACGAGCAAAUACAUCGUUCGACCCAGCCAUGGGCUUUGGUGCUGGUGCCCUGGGACAUGGAGUUGGGCGGUUCAAUGCAGGUAAAUUGAAUACCUAUCUGCACGGUCUCAACAGGAGGUUGCAAGAGGAGAACGAAGCGUUGGUCGAGAGGCUCCGGAGACUCGAGGAAGAGAAGAACGGCGGCCAACCUGGUGACAAGAGCUCCGCCGAUUCUGACAGAAGGCUGAGCGGUGGUCGCCGGAGGAGUUCCGUAGGCACAACGCUAGGUAAUGUUCAGGAAGACAUGGCGGAAGCGUGGCUGGAAGAGAAAGCAGAAUUAGAAGAGGUGAUCGAGGCAUUCAGAACGGAGGCCACGACCUACAUGGCGGAGAAGGAAGAGGCGGAAAAUGCUCUUCAGCAGGAGAAGGAUGAGCGAGAGAAGGAUAAGGUUCAGUGGAGGGAGCGGAUGGCGGAAGUUGAGCGCGGUGUCUCCGGGAUCGUCACGGGCCUGGAAGAGAAGCUGGUAGCGGCGGAGAAGGAAACCAAACGCAUCGAACAAGAGGCUACCCGCCAACUCAAGGAGAUGGAAAGGGCUGCCGUCUCACUCGAAGGUGAGAGAGAUGUCGCGAUGGAUCGUGCGUCCAAGGCCGAGAGGCUGCUCGAGAAUGGCAAAGAUCUCGGGGGAGCCUUAAAGGAGGCAAACGAACGUGUUGCCCAAGUUAUGGCCGACCUUCGGAACGCUAACGCUCAGAUCAAGCAGCUCGGGGAUCAAGUCAUGGAGUACGACAGCCGUAUCGAUGAACUCGAGGCCGCUCAGAAAGAGGAUGCAGCCAUCAUCUCUGAUCUGGAGCACGAGCUUGCCGCUGCCUCGGACGCCCUUGCUGAUGAACGAGUGCGGGUGAGGGACCUGGGGGGCUCUGUCAGGAAACUGAACGAAGACCUUGCGAACACGAAAGAGUACGUGCAAGAGCUGGAAUCGGACGCCGCCAUUGCCGACCAGCAGAUGGGCGAGCUGAAGAAAGACAUGGAUGCUGCGCAGGAGACGAUCAAGAUGAUGUCUAUCACCAAACAGCAGAAUUCGCAAGAUAUCGAAGCACUUGAGAGGGAGGCAGAGGAGGCUCAAGAGAGGGUGCGGGACAUGCAAACGGCCCUCGAGGAAGCGGAACGACAGUCUGCUAAUGACCAAGAAGUUCUCGCCCACUUAAGAGCUAAGGUUGCCUCCCUCGAGCGAGAAAGGGAGCGCUCUCGCGACAUUUCUGCUCCACCCGUCCAGGUCGGACCCAGCGAAGCGGAGUAUGACGCCCUGGAGAACGAAUUCAACGAUGCCGAAAAGGAGAUUGCCAGGCUGAACGCUCUAUUGAACCAGUCGCCUGCUCGCAAGGCCAUCGACAUGGCGAAGGACAUCAAAAUCGAGAUGCUGGAACGCGAGAAAGAGGAACUGCUGGAGAGGAAUAGGGCGCUCAGGAUGACUUUCAAUGAGUUCAGCACACCCAACAAGAUCAUCAACAGCAGUGGCAUAUCUCCUAUCCAUCGACAAGUUUUGUCGAUGUCUAUUCGUGCGCCGAAGACACCAGGAGCUCCUUUGAAAGAUUUGUCUUGGCUUAACAGCAUUCACGAUCCGUCAGUGUCUCCUUUGGUUUCAGAGAUCGGUCGUCUACAACAGGAGCUCGAUCGCGCCAACGAAAGCAUUGACGACAAGUUAGACAAGCUCGAGGAUGCAGGGUUGGGGGUCGUUGGGCUUACGAAGAUGCUCGAAGAUGCCCGAGCGAAGAUCAUUCUGCUGGAAGACGAAAUUGCGCGCUUGAAUAGAAGGGAAGAACGUAAAAUUCGUCGGCUUGCUCGCGCCCGCUGCCAGAAAUGCAACAUCAAACUUGACUUGCGUAGCCUCACCCAAGCAGAUGAAAGCUCGUUCGAUAUUCCCAAAGACAACUUGCCCAACGAACCUCCUACCCCUCCUACGAGGACGAGUGAGGCUCUCAAAGCAAAUAUCCAAGCUGUCAACAACCACCUCGAGCAGCUGAAGAAGCAGUGGGAACAUGAGAAAGAGAAACUUAUGGGCGAGAAAGCAGUGCUCGAAAAUGCCGCGAACCGCCUCAAUGGGCAGGUGAAGAGCUCCCAGGAACAAGCUCGAAAGGUGGCGGAAAGCAGCAGGGCUGUGGAUAAGGCCAAGGCCAACGCUCAGAAUGUGGGCAACAUAUUAACAGUUUCUUUAAAUGGGCUAACCGCCAUCGACUUUCAGGAGCUCGAGAAGGCAAAACAGACCAUUUUAGUUCUUGAAAAUGAGCUGACCUCUGAGCGCUCACGCCUGAGGGCCUUGGUCGCUGAACAGGAGAGAAAGGAACGCGAGAAGAAGCAAAUUCUAGUUGACAUGCAGAGGGCAGAAUCUGAUAUGGAUCUCGUGAAGGAGGAAUUUCAGAAAGCGAAGAAGGAAAACGCUUCGCUGGAGAAGGAGCUUCGGGAGAAUGCCAAUGCUGAGCAGAAAGCUCGUCAUCUGGAAGUUCGUGUGGCUGAGAAAUUGGAGACUAUCGAACGACUGCGACAAGAAAGGUCGUUGCUUGCUGCUGAUUACAAAGAACUUCAGCAGCGUUUCACAGCCGUCUCCGAGACCGCAAACAAAUUGCGAAAGGAGUACGCCGCCCACUCCACCUCCCACGACAACCGUCGUCACGAACUGGAUCUCCACCGUCUCGAGAUCGACGAGCUGCGGCGCGCCCUCGACGACCGGGCAGGUGAUCUCCAGAGGGCUGAGCAAGAGAAGGAGAAAGUCCUCUCUGAGAAACAUAACGUCGUACGGACAGUUGCUGCUCUCGAGGCCGACCUAAAGCGAGUGAGACGGGAUGCGGAGGCCUUCGGGAGGGACCUCAAGCUGCUUCGUGCGGAGAAGGAGAAGCUGGAGGCGAAGAGUAAGGAGGAGCUGUCCAAGGCUGAACGCGCAAAGAAGCAGGCCCAAACGCAGAUCCGGCUGCUGAACGAGCAGCUGGAGAUGCAGAAGGAUGAGACGGCCAAGGCGUCGGAGCAGACAAAGAGGCAUGUUUGUGCUGCAGAUGAGACACAGGUCUCCGAACUGAAGCUCCAGCACAACAAGGAAUGCAAGGGCCUCAUCAUUCAGAUUCGAUACUUGAAGGCCAAAUUCACACGCGAGUCGACAUUCCGGAAUGACCUGACGUACCAGAAGCAGUAUCUGCUGAUAUUGUUGGCUCAAUUCGAGAAGAGUGAACGCACAAUAUUUGCUUCCAUUGCUCGAAUAGGAUUUCCUGUGGCCCCUCCUCCUUUAAGGAGAGUGCCGAAAUUGAAGAGCGUCGUGUUGACCGCUGUGUUCUUUUUACGAGUGCGGUAA